AACAAAAGAUGAGAAAAAAACAAUUAAAAGCGGCUCUUGCUGAGAGUCAUCUAAAUUCUCCUUCCAGCCCUUCACGUAUGUCCGCUUCAGAUAUUUUUGAUGCUUCAUUUAAAUUAGCCGAUGAUUCUUCUAAUUUACCUGAUGCUUAUGGACAAAGAGUUUCAAUGGAACAAGCUACUUCAAUAUUAUCAAUGUUGGCUGAGGAUAUUGAUAAUGAUGAAUUUUAUGAUGCUUUGGAUAAUUAUGACGAAACACAAGAAGUUGUUAAAUUAGAUGACUCAGAAAUAGUUACAUUAAAUAAUUCUACUACUUAUAUUUCCAGUUCAUAUUGUGGUUAUCCUGAAUAUAUUCGAGAAAAACUUCCACUUGAUGAAUCUUCACGUCCUGAAGUUUCUUUAUGGGCUAUUUUAAAGAAUUCAAUUGGAAAAGAUUUAAGUAAAAUCACAUUACCUGUGUAUUUUAAUGAACCAACUUCAAUGUUACAACGUAUGGCUGAAGAUAUGGAAUAUAGUGAUCUUUUAGAUAUAGGUGCUCGACAAAAAGGAAAUGUUAAAUCAAAGUUUUGGGGAAAAUCAUUUGAAAUUCAUCCACAAGGUGUUUCACAUGUUAGACUAAAAGUACCGACAGAGUAUUGGCCAAGUGAAGUUAACGGAACACCAGAAUCAUUUAUUGCUAAUGGAAAUCCCAGAGCAUUUUCCGAACAUUAUUCAUGGAAAAAAGUUACGACCUGUGUGAACAAUUUAAUAUUGGGAACUCCAUGGAUUGAUCAUUAUGGAGAUAUGAUUAUUACCAAUCAUUUAACAGGAGAUAUUUGCGUUUUAACAUUUAAAGCUCGAGGAUGGAGAGGAAAAGAUGCAUUUGAAAUUAGAGGAUAUGUUAAAGAUUCAAAUAAUAAAGAAGUAUGGGAAAUUGCGGGAAGAUGGAAUGAAAGAUUAGUAGCAAGAAGAAGUGAUGAAAGUUUAUCAACCACAAAUGAUGAUUUAGGUAGUACUUCUACCACAGUUAAUGAAGCUCCAAUAGAUGAAAUAUUAUUACCAUCACCAACACAUUCUUCAACUUCAAUAAAUACAAGACCAAUAUAUUUAUUAUGGAAACGAAAUUCAUUACCUGAAGAACCUUUACCAUUUAAUCUUACACAAUUUGCAGCUACGCUUAAUGAUUUACCAGAUAGUUUAUUAAAUUGGAUUGCACCUACUGAUAGUCGAUUUCGACCUGAUCAACGUGCAAUGGAAAGUGGAUUAUACGAUUUAGCUAGUUCUGAAAAAGUUCGAUUAGAAGAAAAACAACGUGGAAAAAGAAAAAAGAGAGAAAAUGGCCUUUUAAAUGAUCAUGAACCUAGUUGGUUUACUCGUGAUAUUGAACCUGAUACAG